UCCCCACUUCCCCGCUCGGUUUAGGUCCCGACUGCGGACUCCCCGCCGUCCGCGCGAUUCCUGACGCUUGCCGUCGCCGUCGCCGCCUCCUGUGCGCCUCCCGGCCGCCUCCUGCAAGCCGCGGCCGGGUCUCCAGCAGGCCAGCCGCGACCAGAUGCCUAGGUCUCCCCUCCAGGAGAGAGGGUCACGACCUCGCGGGCUCACGGCCGCCCCGCUGGUGGCGCCCGACGCCCCGCCGCCCCUUGCCCCGUUCUGCCGCUAAGAGUCAGAGUUCAAGCUUCAAGAACACUGCCACCGCGUCUCCUUGUUUCUGCCUCCGUGGAUCCAAAUGUUGUCGAGGCUCUCCCGCGCCGGCCUCCAGGCCCUGAGCUGGGCGAGACCAGGGCAAGGUUCAAUUACUUCAAGGAGCAACGAGGUGGGGGCCAUUAGCUCUUAUAUGAUCUGUGCGGGGAGGAAUCUCUUCUGUUCUGCCACGAUUUCUACAGCUACAGGAAGUGACAGUAACAACAAACCUGAAGCUAAAAUAUCUGUGACUUUUGUCUGUAAGGAUGGUGAGGAAAAGCUUGUUAAAGUUCCUAUUGGAAUGUCAAUGCUAGAGGCUGCUCAUGAGAAUGACAUAGAGCUUGAAGGAGCAUGUGAGGGCUCUCUUGCAUGUUCGACAUGUCAUGUGAUUGUAACGGAUGUAAACUUCUACAACAAAUUGGAGGAUCCUGUGGAUGAAGAAAAUGAUAUGUUGGACCUUGCUUUUGGUCUUACAGAGACAUCUCGCCUUGGUUGCCAAGUAGUUUCAAGCCCUGAGCUUGAUGGCAUACGAUUGAAACUGCCAACAGCAACCAUACAUUUUAAAGCUGAUGGGAUAAACCUUGCAUAUACUCUAUGCGUGGAUUGAAUUAGCAGAAGGUACUUUUCUCAGCUCCUAGUUCAUUUCAGACACAGAAUCACUUCCAAGUAAAAAACUGUUUGGUAGAGCCCCCUGGAUUUAGCCUGGAACCUGAGUAAUGUGCAAGUGAUGACAAGUUUUACUAACCAAUCUUGCUACUUUCUUACGAAUGCUAAGAUUGGUGCUUUGUUUCACUGUGUUGCCCUUUCUGCAAUUUCGUCCUUUGUAUUCGUUUAUGUCAAAGUCCUUUUCUUUUAUAUAUGUGGGGCAUAGGUUCGUUGGAAUAUCUUUUACUAAUGUGAAUCAUAGAUGUGCAUAUGUGAAAAAUUGUUUUCGGAAUAGACACGCCUUUAUGGGAGGAAAGCGGACUCCUGAGACUGACACGUCCUUCAGUUUCUAUUUGUGAUCGUUGUUGAACCACAGAUCACAUCAGAAUAAACAAAUAUAAUAUCCAUGUUCAGUUUCUCUAGUGCCUGAGAAUCUUGGCAGACACAUUUGGGAGGCCCUACUGCCCUACUGACCAGGUUUGCUCUCUGUUGUUUUCGCUCGGGAGAAAUAUCAGAUCGAGUUGUCUCUUCUGUAAGCGAUACUAUUUCUUUUCUAGGUGUUGUCACUUGAGGUAUCACCUGCCAGCUGAAGUCCCCCUCUUGUUGCUAAAUGCUAAAUUGCUGGUGUCAUGUUUUGCAUCUCUUUGGCUGCCUUUUGGCUUUCUAAAUUAUGUUCUAUGGUCAGCGUUUGUGACAUUGACGUCCCAAGAUUUUGCCAUUCAUCCGAAUAUUGGUCAUGGUGGCAUGAGCAUUACUGUCGCUGGCAGCAUCCCUGAUUGUGGAUGUGGACAGUUGGACCUGCUUGAUUUUUUGUGUAUGCACGAGCUGAUUCCAAUGGUGCCUUGUUAUGUACUUCUAGUGCUGUUUAUUGGCACAGUUGAUGUGACAUGCUGCUGUUCUGGAGCUAGUUACGUCAGCUUCAUCUAGAAGCAAUUCUUUCUACAAAAUAUUGAGUUUUUCAGCUUCAAUUA